AUGGCCCAAUCCAUGACUCCAAUGGAAGACGCUCUGCGGACAAAGAUCACAGAGGCGUUGAAGCCUACAAGUCUGGAAAUCUUCAACGAUUCUCACAAGCACGCCCAUCACAAGGCCAUGCAAGGAGUGACUAGCAGAGAAACACACUUCCGCGUACACAUCACAUCACCAGCCUUCCAGGGCAAGAUGCAGGUUGCAAGACACCGCAUGGUCAAUGCCCUGAUGAAGGACGAAAUGGCAAAAGAAGGCGGCAUCCACGCCCUGCAACUCACCACUCGCACGCCAGAAGAAGACGAAGCCAGGAAGCAAAAGGAAGCCGCACAGUUUUAG